AUGCGCCUCGUCACGUCCCUCCAAAGAAAAGCGGUGAUCCCCUACCAGAAACGGGUACUAAGGAGUCAUGAGCGAUUGGGGUUGUCCAACGAGAACGCUAGUCAGGUCGCUGAGAAUUGCGGCUCAAGCGACUCUGUUGAGUACGCUGUCGGCAAAACAAAGCAAAGCAUCCGCCAUUUUCCGAUGGCGAAACCGUAUCAA